CUAAUGUUUACUUUCCACCACCAGGAUGAGAGAACAUUUUCCGAAGAUGAGGAAGAGAAGUUGCAAGGCACGCUUGUCAGCUUACCACAUUGCCAAGCCAGCAGCACUCUCUCAACAAUUGUCUCAACUAGGAAUGGAUCAAGAAAAGGUUGAUGCCAUUGUUGAAUCGUGGACAACGAAUGGACGGGAAGUUAUACAGAAUCUAAGACAAAGGACUCUAAUGCCAAAUCAAUUUACAGAUAUAAAUUGGAGAUUAAAUUUACAAAUGGCCCAAUCAACGGAAACUAAGCAGAAAUUACCAAAUGCUAUGUUUGAACUUGGUGUCCAUCGUGAAGGGCAGGAAGAUAAAGAAAAAAUACGAAUGGAGUUCACUCAUGAUGAAUUAUACCAAUUUUACAAUCAGUUGGAAACUAUUCAGAAACAGAUUGAUGGUUUAAGCUGAUGGUUUACACCAAGAUUAGAGGUAGUCCAGCCAAAGUCUUCUUUCAGUUCAAUGUCUUGUUUGAAACAUACGUGGAACAAUGUCAUACAAUACAUUCGGGACAUUUCAUUUAACUUUGCAGAAUUAAAAAAAACAUUGUUUUGGUGUAGUAGGCUACAAACUUCUUGUAUUUGAAUACAUUCAAUUAAUUUAAUCAUUUGUAGAAGUUAAAUUAUUUCACACGUCAGUAUGUUUAGAGAUUUUAACGUUCUCCCGAGAACUUGAUAAUAUUUUCAGAUUUGCAUUUAUUGUAAUAUGAUACAUAAUUUCACAGUAUUCUGCCCAAAAGUUUAUUGUGUUAUUGAUGUUAAGACAUACAUUAUUAGUUAUUAAAAUUUGGACAUGUUAUACGCUUAAGUAUAGUUAUAUAGUAAAAUAGCAAUUUAUACACAGCCAUGUAACAUGUCAUAAUUUUCAUAAUUUUCAUGAGGCGACACAUGUGAUCACUGAUCACCCUUGUUUUAUAUACAGUACAUUUUGUACUGCUCAAUUGCUUUCUUUGAUAAAAGAGCUAAAAUUUGAUCUUCUACUAAUUAGGAGUAUUUAUGGUUGUUUUUAAUGAAAUGUUUGUUGCAAUUGUAACCAUUGUCCUUUGCAUAUGUUGAUUGCAAGCCAUUUACAUGUGAUUUUAUUGUGUGAACUACAUGUAUAAUACAAAUUGUGCAAUAAAUUAUUUUUAUAAUGCAAAA